AUGGCUUUGCCCAUCAAAGGCUGUUCUCUAACAUGCGCUGUUGCAUUAUUCUUGAUGCUUUUGAGUACAACUACUCAUUGCACAACUUCGAUUCGAAGAGCUAUUUCGGCGGAACGUCGAAUGGCGGCUUCUCUCAUUCGCCUUCAUUUCCAUGAUUGCUUUGUCCAGGGCUGUGAUGCGUCAAUUUUACUUGAGGAUUCAGCUUCUAUCAAAAGCGAAGUGAACGCAGGUCAAAAUAAGGAUUCCGUCAGAGGUUUUGACGUCAUAGAAAAUGCAAAGAAAGAGGUGGAGAGCAUAUGUCCUGGGAUUGUAUCUUGUGCUGAUAUUCUUGCAGUAGCAUCUCGUGAUGCAUCAGUCGCUGUAAACAUGGUAGCCUUAUCAGGUUCACAUACAAUUGGACAAGCUCGAUGUGUGACAUUUCGUGGUAGAGUAAACAACAACACAAGUGACAUCGAUGCUGGUUUUGCCAGCACUCGUAGACGUCGCUGCCCCGCCGAUGUUGGCACACUUGAUCUGGUGACACCUAACCAAUUGGACAACAACUACUUCAAGAAUUUGAUUCAGAAAAAAAGUCUUCUUCAAUCAGAUCAAAUCCUCUAUAGUGGAGCACCAACAAAGGAUAUUGUGACCGAGUAUAGCAAGAGCCGUUCAACCUUUAGCUCCGAUUUUGCAUCAGCCAUGGUUAAAAUGGGGGAUAUUGAACCUCUGAAUGGUUCUGCUGGGGGGAUAAGAAAGAUUUGUAAAGUUGUGAACUAA